AUGCACUUCACCUCAGCCAUCGUCCUCGCCCUGGCAGGCGCCGCAUGCGCCGCCCCCCAGACAGAGAACAAGCCCCGGCAGCAGCAGGGCCAGUUCUCGGCCUCGGACCCGAGCUUCCUCGCCCUCAUCCCGGAAUUCGGCGUCGAGCAGGGCGUGAACCCGACGGGCACGGGCGACUGCGACGGGUUCAACGCGGCGCAGAACAAGGUCGUCAAGAUCAACUGCGAGAAGUGCCCGCCCCCGCGCGACGCCUACGUCGCGCAGCUGGCCGAGGACCUGAACGCGGGCAACGUCUUUGGGUCCCCGAUCACCUUCAACACGGACCCGGCCACCGCCAACGACCCGCAGGCCAACAAGGACCGCGCCACCGCGUGCCUCACGGUGCUGCAGAGCUUCUACGGCUCCAAGGGCGUCGGGUGCCCCGCCGUCGCGGCGCCAAACAUGGCUAAGCAGCAGAACACGGGCAUCAGGGACGACCAGCAGUUUAUCCCCCAGGCGGGCGGUGCUUCGACGAGCUCGGCUGCUAGGAAGAGGAGGGGCAUCUAG